AGACAGAGCUGGAGGAUACGCUGAAAAAUGGAGCGCUCCUGGCUGUGGAGGUUUUUAAUACUGUUGCAACUUUGUGCCCUGUGUUUGGUUCCCGCAUCAGGUCAACAGUGGAAGGAAAUUAGAGACACCAUUUCUAAUGCUGUUAAAGGGCACACGCCGUGCAACCCUGUCAACUGUAGCUGCCAUUUAAGAGUCCUCCAGGAUGACUUGCGGCCCUUUAGAGGGAGACUCUCUGAGGACGUCAUGGCUGCGACUGUCCAGAGAGGGGUAGGCACCCACUACCAGAUCAUCGGACACAAGUUGUACAGGGAACAUAACUGCAUGUUCCCCGCCAGGUGCAGCGGGGUGGAGCAUUUCAUCCUGGAGGUGAUUGACAGGUUACCUGACUUGGAGAUGGUGGUAAACGUGAGGGAUUACCCUCAAGUCCCCAGCUGGGUGCAGCCGACCCUGCCUGUCUUCUCUUUCAGUAAGACGGCGGACUACCAGGACAUCAUGUACCCGGCAUGGACGUUUUGGGAGGGAGGGCCUGCUGUGUGGCCCAUAUACCCCACUGGACUGGGAAGGUGGGACCUGAUGAGGGAUGACCUCAAAAAAUCUGCUGCGCAGUGGCCAUGGAAGAAGAAAGAGUUCAAAGGGUUCUUCAGAGGCUCCAGGACCAGUCCAGAGCGCGACCCUCUCAUCCUCCUGUCCAGAGAGGCUCCGGAGCUGGUGGAUGCAGAGUACACGAAGAACCAGGCCUGGAAGUCAGAGAAGGACACGCUAGGGAGACCCCCAGCCAAAGAAAUCCCACUGGUCGAUCACUGCAAAUACAAGUAUCUGUUCAACUUCCGAGGCGUGGCGGCUAGCUUCCGCCUCAAACAUCUCUUCCUCUGUGGCUCCCUGGUGUUUCACGUGGGGGAUGAGUGGCAGGAGUUUUUCUACCCUCAGCUGCAGCCCUGGGUCCACUACAUCCCGGUCAAGCAGGACCUCUCUGAUGUCAGGGAACUACUGCAGUUCGUCCAAGAGAACGAUGCCAUCGCACAAGAGAUUGCCACAAGGGGUAAAGAAUUCAUCCUCAACCGCCUGCGAAUGCAAGACGUCUCCUGCUACUGGGAGAGACUCCUCACCGAGUUCAGCCGUCUUCUCACCUACAAACCCAGGAGAAAGGACAACUACAACCAGAUUGUCCACAGACCCGGCAGGACGGAGCUGUAGGUGCGAGACUCUGCGGGACCAGGGCAGCUGUAGUGAAGGGGAAACUCCAGAUAAUGAACGUCAUCACUGCUCCACAACGUAUGAUUUCCUCACAAGCAGUGUGAUGGAUGUUGCCGUUUAAAUCACACCUAAAUUUAGCGAGUCGUUGACUCUGGAAGCUGUCAUACCUCCAGGUGCCACUAGGGGGCUUAUAUGCCAAUUCUGAGUCAGUGAUUACUUUGUGGUUUAACUAGUAGAUUUGCUUCUAAAAGUACCUCCUAUCUUUCUUGCUUCAGUCUGUACUCACCAGCACAGUAACAGUGUUUUACUCAUGAGUACUGCUCAGCCUGUGAAAACUGUUGUAUUCCGUCUUCCGUGGCUCUGGAGGUGGAGGAAAAUUACCCCGGUGGGUGUCAAAGUGAUGUCAUCGGGGCUAUUUUGGUUUAUGCUUGGUGACUGCACUUUUUUUCUUUUCAAGUCUGCGCGUAAACUGUGUGUGCAGAGUUUGAAAGUGAUGGCAGAUGUCUAUUGAAACAUCUUCUGUCGCCCAAGUUAUUAUGGGAAAUGUAGGAUCCAGAGUUUUUGGAGCUUGACUCGUACUAAAGUCACCCAACUUAAUGGAAGUGACAUCCUAAAUUGCUGAAGUGACCCCUUUUUAAAUGUGCAAUGUGAAGACAUGGUUUUGUAUCAUGAAUCACAUCUGGACAGGGCUCCAGACAACAAAUGUCCAUGAAAAUCGAACCACUUGCAGAAAGCUGCUCAAAAAUCUAACUUUUAUUUGAGCGUUAACGCGUAACAAAGUUCAGUGCCUUCAGUACCUGCCGGCCGCUCGCCGAAACCCAAUGAAAAUAUCACCUAAAACUUUUAAUUUUCAAUACAUGAAGUGUGAUGUUGACUGCUGCUCUAAAGAGUAUACCAAUAAUAAUAAUAAUAGUUACGGGUGCCAUGCUGUUACACAUUUAACGCAUUCAAUUAUAUUUCAAGGAUUUCCUGGAAACUCAAAAGCUGUGAUUUGCACAAUAUGGAAUGCUUUUUUUUGCAAUUUCUUCAUCUGGCCUUUUUGUAUGUAGAAGUACAUAUAGUUUGUAUUCUACCUGUAAACCGUUGAUCUGAAAGUCCACUUCCAACCUAGUCCUAUCGAUAUACAUACACAUAAUGUGCACAGAAUUGAUACUGGAUUCCACGUUAAGUACAUCUGUUGUUGACGGGGAGGCACUGCCCUCUACUGGACAACUGAGGGAACUCACAACACAUCCAUGUCCUGUCCAGUUUACUUGUUUGUUGCAAUUGAGUUCUGCCAUAUGUCCAAUAACUAUGUCUUAAUACCUUCACUAAGUGCCAACCGUAAGCAAUAAUGACAAGGAAAUAGUUGUAAUUUGAUGUAUGAAGUUUCCAAGAAACACUUAUUGUUUUUACCUUCUUUUUUUUGUAAGUGUCUUGUUAAGAGAUGAUAGAUAGCUGAUGCAAGAUGAUGUUGGAUAUGUUGUAGUAUUCACAUUGUACUGUGAACAAGGAGAUUAUUACCGAUGCAAGGUUAUUUCUCACACUAUCAUUGAGAACUGGGUAAACAUGGUCCAUUUCUGUAUUUUGACUAAAAUGUGAUGAGGCGUCAAAGUAUGUUUAUGUAUAUUUUUGUUUUUAUGCCAAUAAACUGUUUUUUUCUUCUUC